AUGUACGUCGUCGCGGCGCGGCAGCGGAACGCACUCGUGCAGUCAUCACCGAGCGACGACAGCCUCAUAGUCGGCCCUCAGCAAGAUAGGCCCGCGUUUGCCUUCACAACGCCGAUCAUGACCAUUAUGUUAGCCGCCAUAGUCGCGCUCACUGUCCGCGCUACCUCUCUCAUCCUUCGUCGCAGCUGGGUCAAUCCACCGCUUCUAAGUUAUCUUCGUCAACGCGUGGGUGCACAAUGGCGCUGUCUUCGACCGGCCACACAUGCCGAGAGCGGGCUCGACAUGGUCUACAAGACGACCUCGAUGUUCGACAACCAGCUGCCGGUGCGGUUCUUCGUCAACGACGUCGACUCGAAUACUGCUCCCUACGGCGUGGUGUCGUCGCUCUCGAAGGUCAGCUAUGAAGUGCAGCCGGCUCGUCGAUGGACGCGCCGUAUGAUGCCUCCGCGCCCUACGACCUCAAUGAUGUUGGUGCGGGCGCCUCAACGUCGGGCUCAUAACCUAGUUCCAGAAGCCGCAGCGAACAAACUCAAGUCGAUCGGCGGCUCAUUGAAGGUCAACGUGUAG